UUCGACGGGGGCGAAAUAAGAAACGCUGGUGUGCUUAGAUUCACGGACAGGUUAAAAAACACCACGGUGCCCAAAUUAAUUCGUAUAGUUCGCCACUACGGCGUGCCUCAUAAUCCGAUUGUGGUUUUGGCACGUACAGCCCCAUAAUUCAGUUGAUGUUUAACAUUUCUGCCAAUAUACAAUGUGCCAUGUGAGGCAAUGAAUAUGCUCAACCUUCUCAGAGGUUAAAUAUGGCGCACAACAAUGCCUCAAGCAAACACGCCUCCCUGUGUAUUCUGUGUACUGCGCAGACAAACAGCAGUGGCGCACGCAAGGUAACGUUUGACAUCAACUCAUCACUCUUGUGUUGGACGCUGAAGAAAUUAAACAUUGGACGUCAACAUCAUCGCCAAUUAUCGUCAAUCAAAGCAAACAGCCCAGAAAGCUUAGCUUAAAUCGAUUCCCACAUGAUCCGCGUAUUUUUUUACCGUGCCUUUGAGCCGAUAACAAAACUCAUAAUAAAACAGGGAGGGAGUCAUUCCUUCGUUGUACAGGUCAUCUCGUUGUAGAAGCGUUAGUUGUAGACACGGUCGACUAUAGAGUCCGAAAUCGUCAAUUCUGUAAAGGCCAUGUAAUAGGUGCAACUUCCAAACGGCAGAGUGACGAUGAAGUCGCCGUAAAUGUAACAGAGGUCUUUAUUCUCAAUUUCGGGUUCGAACCAUACGCCCCAUCCCGUUCGCGCUCUCAGAGUUCAUUCUGAAUUCAUAACGCCAAUGACGGCAAGGCCUCUCACAUGUUAUGGAACCGGCGCCAUCUACUUACUCUGUGUAGGAGAAGCACAACUUCCUUUACCUAGAUACUUCUGCCAGCGGCGAAGCAUGGUGACCCCAUUACAUGCGGACAACCUUUUCCGGCCGGCGCCUAUCAGGGCAGUGAAAUCUGCGAUUCCUUAUACGCAUACUGAAUCGGCGCGCCUUGAAGUGUAUACCGACGCACAUGCCUCGAGGCGAAAAGCGGGGGCGAAGAAGAAGAAGAAGCCAUGGGCCGCAGGAGGAAGCCGACCGACCUGUCGCCGCAGCCCGUGUACUGGGACCCCCGGUACCAGCGCUUCUUCUACGCGGGAUUGCUGCCCCCGUGGCCGCAGGAGACCCCGGCGGCCCCGAGGGUGGAGCUGGACCCGAUGAAGCGCGUCCGCCGACCCUCGAUCCUCGUCACCGACCAGGCGCCCGGGCGCGAGGAGCGGCGAGAGCGCCACAUCUCGUGGAGUUCGCUGGGCGACGACGACGACGACGAAGGGGCGGCCGCGGAGGGCGGCGAGCCGCGAGGCGCAGCCCCCGCGUGGCGCCCCGUCGCUGGCGCCGCGAGCCUGCUCGCGGUCCUCUCGCUGCUGUCGCUGCUGGCUGUCGCUGCCACGCUGUGGGCCACGGGCUCACUCGAGUACGCAGGGCGCGGUGCGCAAACCGCCGGGCAGGGCGUCACCGCGACGACGCCGGUGUUCGAAACGACCGCACCAGGGUCAGCCGCAGCGUCAUCCGUCCGGGAUCGCGCAGACUUCGAGACCGGCGCACGGGCGCCCGCUGGAAAAGCAGGAAAACCAGCCAGAAACGCCGGCGCGCCCACGACGACGCUGACCGGCGACGCGGAGGCGUACACAGGCACAAAGGCCGGCACGCCGCCAAGUCGCGAACGGCGCAGCUCUCGCAGAGAAACGCGCAGGACGACUCGAGUGGCGACACAAAGCGCCAAGCGGAGACGCCCGCCUCGCGACAAGCGAAGCGACCGCGUUGCGUCGCCCUCAUCCACGACCGCGAUUUACGACGACGGCGGCGACGACCAGACGUAAUUUCAUCGAACACACGACCUCACAAGAGAAAGGGCUGACUCGUUUAGCAGGUCUGCUAAUCAGUCUGCGCUUAAAUAAAUCAACCUGUAUC